UCACAGUUUCAAGUUGUCAGUAUGAACUUUUUGUCUCGUAAAACAGUUAAUUCCGAACGUUCAAGAAGAGCAUACAGUGGUUAAACUGAAAAUCCAAAUUAAUUUUGUACCAGGGCCAUUCAAAGUGUUGCAAGAUGCAAGUUUUCGAAAUGUAAGUGAAUGUUGAAACUUGUCACUAAGAACCAGCUUACAUCAGAAGGUGUGAAUAAAAGGCACAUUAAGCCAGAAGUUCGAUGCAUGGUGAAAUGAAAAGGAGAAAGUCGAAAGUGUUCAUAUUUAUGAAAAAUUAUGUUAUCUAUCCAAUAAGAAAUGAUCGAACGUAGAAGAAAAUUUAUCCAUCAAUCUAGAAAUUGGAUAAAAUUUCAAUGAGGAUAUGUAUCAACAUAAACGGAACGAUUUGGGCUCAUUUCACCCACUUUUUUUUAUUACCAUCAUUCCAGUACUGAAUAUAAAUGGAUAUGGAUUUGAUUCAGCAUCAUCAUGUGAUCAAAAUGUUUCGAGAAACGGAAGAUCAGCACAAUUACUUAAAUCAAUUCCAUGUGACUUAAGCAUACAGGCAUAUUGCAAUCUUCCUGGUUCAGCAUACCCUUGGCACGCAGUAAGACGUUUUGUACAUGAGAAUCAAGGAUUGAUGCGAAGAAUGUACGGCGAUAUAAGGCAUAUAUCUAUUCUUAAAGAGGAGAUUAACAAUAAUGAAAUAGAUGUCGAAGAUAUACAUCAUGCAGCAAACCGAUAUUCAAGGAUGAACUCAGAAAAGAAGAAACAACUACACUCUCAUACCGAAAACGGACGUGGGAAAAUUCAUGACAUUAUUUCCGAGCCAUAUUUCAGACCAACCCAAAAAACUACAACUCCUAAGCCUUCUCAAGGGCACUCCAAUCUGACGACAGCUUCUACAGUUCCAGUUUCAGAAGCAAGCUCUACAAUAAAAUCAAUAUUUUUCAACGAAUCAAUACAAGGCAUGGACGAUUUGAAUAAAUCAGUUAGCCAAAAACAACCAAUUGUGGAACAAAUGCUUGAAAUCGAUGCUUCAGAAAUAGAUAUCAAAAAGUUAUCAAGCAUUGCAAAUUUAGAAACAAAUGACGAAUUGCAUAAAAAUGAGUCCAUAUUAAAAAACGAAAACAAGACAAAUUUCACUAAAAGCGAUAGCAGUGGCUUGAAUCAAAACAAUAAUUCAACGUUCAUAAACUCGAACGUAACUUCAAUAGUGAAAGAUGACAACUCGCUAAACAUUGUUAAUGCCAAUAUUUCAAGUAGUAUAAGCUCAAAGCCCAUGAAAUUUAUAGAGACUCAAAAAAACCCAGAAAAAAAGAAAAAACCUGCCAAGAAGCCUGAAGAGCAGCUUUUUCAAGAUACAGCACCAAAAGAGCCCUCAGUCUCGAAUCUGCGAGGAAUAAACGCAUGUCCAGUUAAGGAAGAAGUAGUUGCACCAUUUUGGGCCAACAAUACUAGAGGAGAGGUACUUGCUUUACUUAACCUUUAUCCAUUUGAGCAAUACGUACAUUGGGAAAAAUGCGCAUAUGAAUUUAAACAAAUGUACUGUCGAGAAGGUUGUAGAUGUGAACAGCAGUACAGAUUACAUCGGUUGUUAGCAUACGAUCCUCACAAUGAAUGUAGAGGAAUAUUUUCCGAUUGGUUUAGAUUUCCAUCCUGUUGCAUUUGUAAAUGCUAUGAUAUUCCGUUUGAUUUUAGAAUAACCUCGAGGAGUCCUAGAAAAAUUGAAGAAUCCAUAAAGGUAGUAGAGGAUGAUUUACAAAAUGCAAUAUAUGAUCAUGCAGUCAAUGAAUGGUAUAAUCGAAAUGAUGUAGAAUAAAAACUUAUGAUAGUUUUUUACUGAAAAAUUUAUUUUUGAAUCUUAUAAAUAAUGUUAGUUCACACAGAACUACAAAUCAAUAUUUAUUACAAUUGGAAAUAUGGUUACUUGUUUAUGUUUUAAAACUGAUUCACCAACUACAUUUAAGUAAAUUUGUAUAAUCCGCUAGUCAAAUUAUGUACUACUAUAGAGAACUGAAAAAAUAAAACCCCAAUUAUUUUGAUCACACAA